AUGGAAACAAUCAGAUGUCAGGCAAGACUUAGUGUCAGUGGCACCAAUCUAACUUACAAUGGACAUCAGAUAUUUUUAUCUGGUGCUAACCAGGCUUGGGUAAAUUAUGCACACGACUUUGGACAUAAUCAUUACAGCAAAGGAAUACCAACGUUUGAAUCGACACAAAGUGACAUUCAGAGUCAUGGUGGAAAUUCCAUCAGAGUAUGGCUGCAUAUUGAAGGAGAAUCUACGCCCCAAUUUGACAACAAUGGCUACGUAACUGGUAUAGACAAUACAUUGAUCAGUGACAUGAGGGCUUAUCUUCAGGCUGCCCAGAGACAUAACAUUCUAAUUUUCUUUACUCUUUGGAAUGCUGCAGUAACCUCAAAAUCUCAUUACCGUCUUAACGGACUUAUGGUAGAUACAAGAAAACUCCAGUCAUACAUAGACCAUGCCCUCAAACCGAUAGCUAACGCUUUGAAAAAUGAAAAGGGCCUGGGUGGAUGGGAUAUAAUAAAUGAACCCGAGGGUGAAAUUAAACCAGGACAAAGCAGCUCAGAACCUUGUUUUGACACAAGACAUUUAUCGGGAUCUGGAGCAGGAUGGGCUGGACGUCUGUAUACUGCUCAAGAGAUCGGCAGAUUUGUGAACUGGCAAGCAGCAGCUAUCAAGGAAGUUGACCCAGGAGCAAUGGUUACAGUUGGAUCCUGGAACAUGAAAGCUGACACUGAUACCAUGGGAUUUCAUAACUUGUAUAGUGAUCACUGUCUUGUCAAAGCAGGAGGAAAGCAAAGUGGUACUCUGUCCUUUUAUCAAGUUCACAGCUAUGACUGGCAUCAGCAUUUUGGAAACGAAUCUCCCUUCAAACAAUCAUUUUCAAACUUUCGACUUAAUAAGCCCAUGGUAAUUGGUGAAUUCAAUCAAGAACACGGUGCUGGAAUGUCAAGUGAAUCCAUGUUUGAAUGGGCCUACACAAAAGGUUAUUCUGGCGCCUGGACAUGGAGCAGGACUUCUGGCAGCUUGAGUAAUCAACUACUUGGAAUGCAACAUCUGAAAUCUAGGAGUGACUAUGGACAAGUUCAAUUUGGUCUUUAA